AUGACCCGAGUCAGAUCACUCGCAAGACGCAGCGGAGAAGAGGAAUCCUCGGAAGAGCAAAAGCAACCAUUUGUUGAGCAAUCCACACACGAAGAUGAAGAAGAACAGGGUCAAGAUUUUGACAAGGCGAGCGCGACGCGAUAUGGGUGCAUUGCCGCUUUAUUCGUCGGUGUGAUUCUCUCGCUUGUUUGUUUGAUUUCUGGCAUUUAUCUCCUCAUAACGAAUAAGGCAAAGCUUGGCGCUUCAAUUUCAAUCUCCGAUACGAGUCGCGAGGUUAUCUCACUGGUGAUCAACGUUAUCUUGGCACUCUGUACUGAUGGUAUGAUGUUUAUGCAUUCUGUCUCGUUGCGCUGGGCAUUGUAUCGCGAAAGACGUCUGGAGUUCAACACCAACGUUCGCCUUUUCACCAGCGCCAGAGUAUUUGGGCCGAACAGCUGGUACAUCAACCUAGUAGCACUGAGCUGCCUGAUCCUGUCAUAUGCGUCCACAUCCGUUCUUUUUUUGUCCGACGAAGCCGUUCUAUCGUCUGCGUACGAACAGCAGGAAUCUUCCAAGGACCCAGUUUUGGUCAACGCUACGGCUUUAGUCGCUCUAGGUAUAGGUCUGGCUGGCCAGGCUGUUGUCGCUACGUGGUGUUUUGUAUCCAGCAAAAGGUUGAUUCCAACAUGGAGUGCCAAUCCUCUCAAUACCGCAUUGGCAGCGAUCCAGAAAGGUGACAUUUCUCACCGUCCCGGGAGAUGUAUGCUAUCAGUGCACCAGCGAAAAAUGCAAAGCCAAGAGACAUAUCCUUUGGAAAAGCAAGGAAAUAUGCUCCGUGGAAAGAACCUGGUGCGAUACAUUCUUGUUUUGCUUUGGUCUCUCGCACUUCUAGCCAUUGCGUGGCCAAUCACUAUCGCUGCUCUUUCCAAGUCUAUCGGUAACGCUAGUGCUGCUGGCCAAGCAUCCGAAGCUUUAUGCUGGAAGCUCGGAUUCAAAUGGGAUCAGAGUAGCUUGGCCUGCUCUCGGAACUAUGUGACAUUGUCAUUUUCCCCUUACGCCAAUGACCAUAAGCCCAACUCGGCAAUCUUCUCUUACGGCACUGAGGCCGUCCUUUGUGUCCUCUUUGUCUGUCUUAUCCAGGGUGUUCAGACUAUUGCACUGCACUGUCUGGAACUACUAGUCAAUUUGUCUAGAGAUGAAGGGAUAUGGCGACAGGCUCAUCGGGAUGAAACAAAAAACGCUCCUGGAACACAGUUGGUCACGAAUCCGUUUCGCGCAGCUGUAUUAAGUUGGGAAAACGUGUUUCUGUUCAUAUCAAAGGCUCUGAUGCAUUGGAUAAUUGGCCAAAGCCUGAUUCCAUCUGUUGUUGUUGAAGAUUCCAAGAGCUUUGAAGACUCCAGGAGCUUUGAAUCCAUCGCUUAUACUUCUGUUGAAAACCUGACCAGUCUCUCGUUGAAAAAUGGUUUCCAAUUUGAUAUGGUCUACUCGCGGUUGAUCAUUUAUGCCAUAUUAUCCAUUAUUGUGGCCACUGUGGCGACCUUUCUGGCCCUUAGGAGACCGAAGGGCUGUCAGCCUGCCGCGUUGGGCCACCUGCAGACUCUUGCGGAUCUUGUCGACGAUUGGAAGACAAAUGGCGAUGGCCGGAUUUGGUGGGGAGAUAAGACCUCGCAAGAUGGUGAUCAAGUGCGGCAUGCUGGAACAUGCCGUGAGAAAUCGAUGGUUGGACCGAUACUAUGUACUGCGAAAUAUGCCGGUAGAUGA